GGGGAGGGGGGGGGAGAGCCGCUGUCGAUUCGAAGCCGAAACUGCGGGGGGUGACGGCCGCGGGAAAAUGAGCCGAAAGAGGCCCCGAGAGGACGAUAACGCGCUCGCGGUGCCGGAGGGGAGCGCCGCCCCGGUCCGUGUCGGAGUCAGCGCCGACUACAGGGACUGGGGGGUGGAGGACGUCUGCAGGUACCUGAGCAGCAAAGGCUGCGGAGACGUGCAGCAGCUCUUCAGAGAUGCACAGAUAACUGGAGUUUGUCUGCCCAACUUGACGGAGUCUCACUUGAAGGAGCUGCAUGUGGAUUCCCUCGGAUUGCGGUGGAAAGUUCUCGAAUGUAUCUGCCUACUUUUGCAGAACCCGAUUGUGGUCAAGGUCUUCAAUGAUCCUAUUCACGGGCACAUUGAGCUUCACCCGCUCCUCAUCCGAAUCAUCGAUACACCUCAGUUCCAACGGCUUCGCUACAUCAAACAGCUUGGUGCAACUUACUUUGUGUUUCCUGGUGCCUCGCACAACAGAUUUGAGCAUUCCUUAGGGGUGGGUUACCUGGCGGGGCAGCUAGUGAAAUCCUUACAAGAUCGACAGCCAGAGCUACAGAUCAGCUACCGGGACAUGUUGUGUGUUCAGAUCGCAGGGCUCUGCCACGACUUGGGUCACGGGCCGUUUUCCCACAUGUUUGAUGGAAGGUUCAUCCCGGAAGCUCGUCCAGGGUUGAAUUGGAAGCACGAGGAAGCUUCGUUGAAGAUGUUUGAAUAUCUGAUCGAAUCCAAUGACCUGACGGAGGUUUUGGAAGAGCACGGACUGGUGCUCCCAGAGGAUAUUGACUUUAUUAAGGAGCAGAUUGGAGGCCCAGCCACAGCGGGCCAGAGCAACGGAGAGUGCAGCAGCAGCCCCCAGUCACAGGUGUGGAGGUACAUAGGGAGGCCUGAAAGCAAGAGCUUUCUGUAUGAUAUCGUGGCUAAUAAAACCACUGGGAUUGAUGUGGACAAGUGGGAUUACCUUGCCAGGGAUUGCCACCAUCUGGGAAUGAAGAAUAAUUUUGACUAUAGUCGUUGCCUGAAGUUUUCUCGAGUGUGUGAUGACAAUAAGAGAAAGCUCAUCUGCACCAGAGAUAAGGAGGUCGGCAACUUGUACGAUAUGUUUCACACUCGCAACUGUUUGCACCGUAAGGCCUAUCAGCAUCGUGUGGGAAACGUCAUCGAGAUCAUGAUCAUGGAAGCAAUGCUACUUGCAGACAAGCACAUGGAGAUCCCCGGGUCGGGGGGAAAGACAUACACAAUCUCCACUGCGAUUGACGACAUGGAGGCUUACACCAAACUCACAGAUGAGAUUUUUCACCAGAUCCUGUAUUCCCCGAAGGCUGAGUUGCGUGAAGCGCAGGAAAUCUUAAAAAAUGUCGUCUGUCGGAAACUCUAUAAGUGCCUUGGAGAGACCCAACCUGAGGCACCGCUUCAAAUCGACCAGGAAGAGCGUAACGAUUUUGCCAAGCAGGUGGCUGCUGCUGUUCCCCUCCAAGCUAUGGACAGCAGUCUGGCCCCAGAGGACUUUAUAGUCACUGUCAUUGAGAUGAGCUACGGAAUGAAAGACCAGAACCCCAUCAACAAGGUUCGCUUUUAUGCCAAAGAGGACAUGAACAAAGCAUUCAAGAUUCGCAAAGACCAGGUGUCUCAGUUGCUGCCGGUGAUCUUUACGGAACAGCUGAUCCGUGUUUACUGUAAGAAAACUGACCCACAGAAUAUGGAGGCGGCCAAGAAGCAUUUUGUUCAGUGGUGCAUGAACAAGAACUUCACCAAACCCAGGGACGGUGAUGUGGUGGCACCUGAGUUGACUCCGCUGAAGGCCAGCUGGAAUAACAACCGCGACGAGGUCGAGUCUGACUCCUUACAGCUUCCCAACAACCACAAGCGUCUCAAACCAAAGAUGAGGCCACUGAAUUAGAGAGUUCCCGCUUUCCACGAGGUCCGAGCCCAGCCACAUCGUGUGGGAUCACCUCAGCGCCUCGCUUUUGGUUUUUUUCUUAAAAACCGUGGGCGAACUCCUGAUACAAAGGUCACCUCAGAUAAUGGAUCAUUUUAAAUGAAGAAAAUGAAACUUUGUAUAAAUUGUUCUAAAUCGGAAGGGAAGUGGCCUGAAAAUUAGUCUUUUUUAAACGAAUCAGGUACUCUGAUAUCAUGAAACCCAAUCUCUAAAUAUACAGUUUGUUUCUUCCUUUUUUAAAAAAAUACACAGCAAUGAAACCCCAGGUAACCUCAGGAAUCUGACUUGUUUUCACAUGUUAAAUUGCACAAAUGUACUGAAGAAACAGCAGGAUUCAUUUGAUUCACGGUAAGGAGCCAAGUUUUACUCACCAAGCCUUAAAGAACUGUAAGCCUAGACAUUGGGUUCAAACACUGUGUUGGGACUUGAGCCUCAGUGUCCAGGCUGACACUCCAGCCCAGAACUGGGGGGAAAAGGGGGUGGAGGAUUAGAUAUUAAACCGUGGUUCAGUCUGCCUGUUUUUCAGGUGGAUAUUAAAUAUCUAUUUGAACAGAAAAGGGCAUUUCAUUUGUGUCCCGCUGACAAUAUCCACUCCAAUUUAAAAAUGAGUCACUUACUUCACAGCAGUUUGUGGGAUACUGAGGGUACAAAAUGGCUGCCAUAUUUGCUGACAAAAAGCUCCUGGGUCUUCAGGCUUGGGAAAUACAUUGACACUUUUCGAUGUCUAAAAGAAAAUUAGCAGGCUCUUUCUUUCCUGAAAUUGAACGAUUUUUACUCAGCUCUGGUCAGCUGAAAGCGCAGAUUUUUCAUUUCAACUUGGUAUCAGCGGGAGUGGGGAGAGGAGGAAUUUUUCUCUGCGCGCUGAGACAGUUAAUUCAGUUCAGUAAUUGCACGUUGAUUGUUUCUGCCGACUGUUGAUCAAUAAUAGAAUAUGGAUGAGCAUACCUGUGUAUCACGGAUCCCACCAGCGCUGAGCAGUGGGGGGAGCAGUGUUUGACAGCUACGAUCCCUACUAUUUCUUACCCCACCAACCCCCCAUAUCUCAUUUAUUUAAGGGUUUAUUAUAUUUUACACAGAUUCAUUCUAAUCUGAAUUUUGCUUUCUGUGUUUUUUUAAAAAAAUUGUGUUUUUGUGUUUGAGUUGUUUAUUUCUCCUCUGCGUGCGGAGUUGGGGUUUCCGGUGGGGAGGAUUAAAAAAUGUUGAAUAUUUUUGAUCUUAAUCCAUCAGGUUUUCCAGAGAGUUUUAACAGGAAUCGUCCUGUUUGUAUCAGGGAUUUUUUGUUUUGUUUUAAAAGCAUUUUUUAAAGAGAGAAUGACAGAGAAAAAAAUCUGAAGGAACACUGAGCAUUUUAAUCGUUGAGGGAUUUUUUUUCUCUCUCUGAAAUGGGGAAAAUUUGAACAAGAAGGAGCUGUUUUGUACAGGAGUGUUUUGUCUGGAUGGAUGAGCAGAUAAUUGAAAUAAGUUUUUGAAAGGAGAAAGAUCGGAAUCUUGUUUUGAAGCAGCCUUUCCGUUUGAGAGAAUUGUGAAGCAAUCUUGGCCUCAGUCGAACUCGGCCCUAGUCAGCAAGUGACUGGGACUCAAUCCCCAUUGAAAUUCUAUGCACGGAUCAGGAGUGAGUUUUACCUGGAGGAUGGGAAGAAGCCAUAGUAAAUAUUUUACAAUGUGGAUCUUACAUUUGUACAUAGUUUACAUUUGUAUUAAAAAAGUUUCACAAGAUCUUUGCCUACUGUAAAAUGAUGGAUGUGAAGUGGGGGAGGGAGAUAAUCCCAGGAUUUGUUUUUGAAAUGUAACCCACAUUCAAAGACUGGUUUAUAUAUUUAGAAAGACAAUUAAAAAAAAGUCAUUUAUAAGAUUGUUCGAUCAAACUCUUCAAAUAUGCAAAUAUGAAACUGAAUUGCACUCCAGUGUGGGUUCAUAAGUAACCCAAUUCAAACCAACUGGUGUCAGGUUUUAUAUCUUACGUUCUUGAAUAUGAACACGUCGAUCAAUGCACUCAAUGCAUGGCCCUUGUUUUGUGGAUGUUUGCGUGUGUGUGUGUGCGUGUAGAAGUAUGUGUGAGGAAAGUGGUUGUAGUGGAGAGAAAUUGCUCUCUAGAUCUACCAGGAACAUUGCAGGUAGCCUGAUAUGGUUCCAGAUUAGGGAGGGGGUGGUCCCUCAAAUUAACAGAGAAUGUGAUGCCCAUCUUAUAACCCACACGUAGGUUGUGUUGCUGGGCUGUACCACAAGGGUUGUUGCUGGGUUGACUGUUGUGCGCUGCAUUUGCUGUGAAAAAUAAGUGACUGUGUGUGUGUGGAGAGAGGCAGGUGGGGGGGCUACUUUGCGUUCGCAUUGGAAGCGACGAUCAGACUGUAUCCACACACACGUAUAUAUUAAUACCUGCACCGUGCCUUUCUACCAAGCUUGUGAGUGCAGUUGUUUGUUCUGCCCGGGUUUUGUAUUUACUCUAACGGAGUUAUUUGUAUUUUCUGUUUUGGUGGGUGUGCAAUUAAUAAACCUUUACUUACUAAA